AUGACCAUCAACCUUACCCUGAAUCUAAGUGAGGAUGAGGAAAGAAUCUGUGGGAUUGUUGAUGAAUAUUUGAAACAACAUGCUAUAUCUGAAUGGAAAUACGAAGCCGCUUUGAAAAUCCUUAUCGAUUUGAAUCUUAUUGUCGAGCCCACAGAUAACAACAUGAAAAAAUUAGGAGAAAUAUAUCUGAAAGAGUGUCUCAGCAACUAUCAAGAUCGAAUUGCCAACUGCAGUGUCGAAGAGAAAGAGAAAAUUGAAUCAUUGCAGCACGCCAUUCAUCAUAUCUGCAUCUCAACGCCAAUCAAGAAGCUGUUGCAUGUAGGCAAAUAUUCACAACAAAUUUUAGACGAAGCUGUCAUAAACAAAGCCUCGAAAAGUCAACAAAAUGAGGAAGAUCAACAACGUCAGGGAGUCAGUCAAGCCCCAUCCACUCAUUUCCACACAACUAUGUCUCCUAAUGAAAGGAUGGCAUUUUUUUGUGAUAAAUUUGGUACUGAUGGAUAUCUGGACUUGAUGACUGACAAGAUUGCAAACCGAUAUAAAAAAAAACUUAAGGAAACUGCCAAUAGCUUGGAAUUGAAGCUACAACCUAUGAUAGCAAAAAACGAAAGAGAUAUGUUGAUAAAGAUCGCCGAAUGCAAGAAUGGGGUGGAUAUUGAGAAUCUGUUAACAAGCUUUUAUGCGCAAAGAGAUAUGGAUCCAAUGUGCCGAUACAUCAGAUUAGCUUUUUCUACAAUGGCAGAGCUCUGGUCUUCACGUCUUUUAUUGAAAACAAAUAACAAUGAAUCAUGGUUCCGUGCUCAUGUCUACUCAGCUGUUUUCGACAAUGCAUUUAUUUACGAUGAUAAAUUCACUUCAAAGCGAGCAGACUGUUACUCCAAUAUCACUAAAGAAUUCAAAGAUAUUGAUAAUCAACGCGUGGAUUUCAUUUUAAGAAAUAUCAACGAUGAUAAUGACUAUCUCUCAGCAGAAGAAAAACCCGGAUUAAAAGGCGUGAAAAGUGAUAUGAAGAAAGGAAAGACGCUACAGAAGACUAUAUUAAGGAAAUGGACUGGGCAUCUUGGAAGUGUGGAAAUUAUGAAACAACUUGAAGCCAUUACCUGUCAGUGGCAGGCAUUGAAAUUCACUAUAUACGGAACCAGACAUGUAUCAGAGAAUCAUCUUGUAACCUACACAAAAGGUACUUUCUCUGUGCCAAAAGACGAAAAUCAUGCAGCGUCAUUUGCAAAUGUCCUGGCUGCCGUCUUAUCUUUGAGAAGAUUGGUUUACUUGAAUUAUGCAAAGCUGAAUACCAUCCUUGAGGCCAAAUAUGCUCAUCAAUUAGACACAAUGCACUUUUCAUCAGACAGUGAAUUGAACUUCUGCUCUGACAGCACUGAAGGGUUACAACAACAAGAAAUACUGGCAACUGAUGGCGACGAAUUCAAUAGUGUCAUUGAUGCUGAAUUGGAAUCACAAAUACUGCAAUCCCUCUCCAAGAUCACAGUUGAAGAAGAUGUUAUUUCAUUCAAGGACUGGGAGGAACUUAUCUUGUUGAGAACAUCGAGAAAAAGAAAAGCAAGUUCUUAG